AUGAGUUGUUGAGCAGCGUGACUGGCGGGAGGGACGGAGACCGAAGAGAGAAGACCAGGACAACAGGAUCGACCGCGAGACGCGAAGAAGAAGAAGAAAGACCAACAACAACAACAACAACAACAACAACAACAACAACAGCAGCAACAACAACGAGAACAAGAAAAACAAGAACAAUAAGAAGAAGAAACAGCGCCGACAGUGUCUCCGUCUCAGUUUACUUUGUGUCUGCUGCAGCUGCCAAUCAAACACAAUCCAGACGCAGAGGUGUUGUCAGGCCACGCCCGUUCAGGUAAACACUCAGGAGGAUGAAUGGAGGCGGCUCAACAGGAAAUCCCAGCGCUGCCUCAUCUCGCUUGCUUCCUGUCAACACUGAUAAGGAGACUCUUGAACCAGCUGAUUGGAUCUCAGCUUCUGAGGAGAAGGGGGAGCAGAGGGGAGAGUCAGUCAGGCUGUCCCAGUACCAGAAUCACCAUAGUCCUGCCAAAAUACACCACAGUCCUGUAGAGAAACACCAGAAUCCUGCAGAGAACCACCAGAGUCCUCCUGCUGAGAAACACCAGAGUCCUGCAGAGAACCACCAGAGUCCUACUGCUGAGAAACACCAGAGUCCUACUGCUGAGAAACACCAGAGUCCUGCACAGAAAAAUCAGAGUCCUCCUGCUGAGAAACAUCAGAGUCCUCCUGCUGAGAAACGCCAGAGUCCUACUGCUGAGAAACGCCAGAGUCCUACUGCUGAGAAACACCAGAGUCCUGCACAGAAGCACCAGAGUCCUCCUGCUGAGAAAUACCAGAGUCCUACUGCUGAGAAACACCAGAGUCCUGCAGAGACCCAGCAAACUGCAGAGGAACCUGACCAGCAGGUUCUCUAUAAACACACAAAUCACAAAGAUCCCCCAACAGGAGAGCAGAAAACAGAAAAUUUGUUUCAGACAGCUCAACUAAAAGUAGAAGAUCAGACUGCUCCAAAACAUGAAACAACUGCAGAUCGACCAAAACCAGAAAACCCUAAUUCAGAUCGAACAGAACUAGAUCCUCCUCCUAAAGACCAACAACAACUGGGACAUUCACCUGUGAUGAAUAAAAAGGAAACAAAAGAUUUUCUUGCCACAGAUCAACCAAAACCAGAUCAUCUUCAUACAGCUCUGAAGAAACCAGGAGAUCCUUUUGGUGAUAGACUAGAACAAGAACGAGCCAACUCUCAGGAACAUCGACAACAGGAGGAUCUAUGUCUCACAAACCAGAAAACUGAAGAGGACCCUCCUCAUCCUCAUCCUCCCUUAAAUGUAACUGUUUUCGCCUCAACCUUCAAAAAACAAAAACAGAACGACCUCCAAAAGCAAGAGUCUAAAGACCAGCAAAACCAACAGCAUCCACCUUCAGAGAAAUUCACUGUACCCACAGCUGAAAGGCAUCACAACCAAGGAGAUCCUCCUCACCUGAACACAACUCCUCCUCCUCUUGCAGUCCAUCUGACUACAGUGUCAACCCUGGCUCCGCCCCUUACCAUUGAGGUGUUCUGUGACCAAGUGCAGCCCAGCCCUCCGGAUUCUUCUUCAAGUGAGCCCAAACUGUGUGGCUUCCUGCAGAAGCAGGGGGGGCCUCUGAAGACCUGGAAGCUGCGCUGGUUCACCCACGAGGAGAAGAAGAACCAGCUGUUCUACUACCGUACGCCACAGGAUGUGGCGCCUCUGGGCCGGGUGGAGCUCUGCAGUGCCACCUUUACCUACCCAUUAAAGGCUGAGAAGGGCACCUUCCAUAUCAAGACACCUGAACGCACCUUCAUACUCAAGGCUGUGACCCAGGAGUUGAUGCUCUAUUGGCUGCAGAAGCUUCAGGUGAAACGCUGGCAACACAGACAGAUGACCAGCUGCUUAGAGACAAACAGCAACAGCAACAACACUGCAGAUGACUUCCUGCCAGUGUUGAAGAGCCCUCUGGGUCUGGUGGGGGAGGCAGCUGCCAACGUCCCAUCACAACAAACGCCGCUCACCAACAUGUCCAUCAAACAUCCACUCAUCGAGAUACAAAACUCAGUCCACAGUCUGCGGAAGAGGUCAUCUCAGGAGUGGAGUCAGAGCGUGUUUCAUGUCGAAGCUCCAUGCUGGACUCUACCCAGCGCCGCCGACACCAACAGUCCAGUCCUUACAGUUCCAGAAGAGCCUCUGACUCAACCCCCUGGCCUCUCAUCAGCUGAUCCAGCAGAUCAGGUGACCCCAGCAGAGGGCAGACAGUCACCCUCGCAGUUCAAUAGCAGGAACAGAAAGACUAAGAGUCGCAGCUCGUCCAACAUGCAGGUCCUCUGCAGAGACACGGACUCCUCAGAGAAGAUGUCUCAUCUGCAGCAGGAGAAGCACAUGCUGAUGGAGGAGGUCAAGGCUCAGAAGGAGCUGGUGUGGAUCCUGCACAAAGCCUUGGAAGCAUCUCAGCUGGAGAAGCGCACCUGUGCAGAGUUUCUGGCGGCAACGGGUGAGCAGGAGCGUCUGGAGAUGCUGCGACACCGUGAACGUCUGGUGGCCGACCUGCGAGGCCGGCUGGAGGAGGCCAAGGCUGAGGUGGACGCCCUGAGGAGGAGUCUGACUCAGAGAGAUGCACAGCUGGGCGAGCUGCAGGAGAACAUCAGGAUGCUGAUGGAGAAGAACAAGGCCAGGCAGGAGGUGAUCAUAAAGCUGUCCGAUCAGGUGACUGCCUGUAUGUCCGACCCAGGUCCCUCCAUCUCGUCCUGCGGCAGCGGUUUGGACUCUCAGACCUUCAGAAAGCUUCAGCAGGAUGUUGAAAACCUCAAGGAUGACAUUGAGGCUUAUAAGAUUCAGAACAAGUUCUUGAACUCUGAGAUCUACCAGCUGACCAAACUGUGGAGGAAGAGUUCGGAGCAGGAGAAGAGUCUGAUGGUGAAGUGUGCUUUCCUGGAGGCCAGUAACUGUCAGGUGGAAAGCCGUUACCUGGGUGUCCUGCGGCAGCUGCAGGAGACCAAAUCUCUGGAUCCGGCCCAGCGGGGAGCCGUCCAGAAGAUGAUCGAGGAUGCUCUGAAAGGAGAGCUGAAGAGUGUCGUCAAGCUCAAUGUGACCAGAGAUCACGAUGAGUAUGGCUUCAAAAUCAUCCCUGACUACGAGGUGGAGGACAUGAAGCUGCUGGCAAAGAUUCAGGCGCUGGAGAUCCGCUCACACAACCUGCUGCACCAGGAGGGUGUAGAUCGGCCCAUGCUGAGUCGCUGGGCUCAGUACCUGGCUGGCAGGUCUGUCAAUGACAUCUGCCCCUCACCUGAGCUCAAAGCUCUGCUGCGAAGCGGCAUCCCUCAGGAGUACCGCCAGCAAGUCUGGAGCUGGAUGGUCCGAACCAGAACCAGGACCAUGAGAGAGCAACACCCACAGCGCUACCAGCAGCUGUGUGAAAAGAGUCGGAUGUGUCCUCAUCCGGCCUCUAGACAGAUCCAGCUCGACCUCCACCGCACCCUGACAACUAAUCAGCACUUCUGCUCACCCUCCAGCCCCGCCCUCCAGCAGCUCCGCCGCAUCCUAUUGGCCUUCUCCUGGCAGAACCCUGCUAUUGGCUACUGCCAGGGACUCAACAGGUUGGCAGCCAUCGCUCUGCUCGUCCUGCAGAGUGAAGAAAGUGCCUUCUGGUGUCUGGUGGCUGUGGUAGAAGUCAUCAUGCCUCAGGACUACUACACCAAGAACCUGGUGGCCUCUCAGGCGGACCAGUGGGUGCUGAAGGACUUCCUGACUGAGAAGCUCCCCCGUCUGGCAGCUCACUUUGAGGAUCACAGCAUUGACGUGUCUCUCAUCACCUUCAACUGGUUCUUGGUGGUUUUUGUGGAGAGUCUGCCGAGCGACAUCCUUCUGCCGCUGUGGGACGCCUUCCUGUACGAGGGCACCAAGGUGAUCUUCAGGUAUGCUCUGGCUCUCUUCAAAUACAAAGAAGACGACAUCCUAAGGAUCCAAGACAGCGUAGAGAUCUUCCAGUACCUGCGCUUCUUCACCAAGACCAUCUCUGACAGCAGGAGGCUGAUCAGCAUCGCUUUCUCAGACAUGAACCCGUUCCCUGGACGCUUGCUGAGGAACCGACGAGCGCUUCACCUGGACCGCCUGCAGGGGGAGCUGCAAGAGCUGGAGGAGCAACAGAGGGAGUUUGUAAAGGAGAGCAGCGAACAUAAAGACAAGGAGCUCGACACCUUGGUGAGCGAAGACGAGGACGAGCUGUGAUGUUACUGAUGUUUCUAAUCUGAGUAACUGAAGCUGGUGCUCAUUAGUCAUGUUUCUGAUUACAGUCCAUCUCUUUGUCCUGCAGCUUGUGAGGAAGUUCAAAAUUGUAACAAAACAAGCUUAACUAUUAAAGUGUUUUACGUA